GGUGUCAGGGGGAGUAGCCAAUCCGUUUUCCGACAAAACCCUCUUCAAAUUCAAUGCCACCCAGUAACUCAGAGAGAGACAAAACCAUCUUCAAAUGCAAUACCAAUGGCUUAGAAAAAGAUACAUAAAACCCCACGUUUCAUGACAUCUCUCUCCCUCUCUCUCUCUCUCUCACACACACGCACACGUAUACAAGCACAGAGGCCCAACGUCUCUUCCCUCAAAAAAGAAAAAAUAAAAAUAAAAAUUCCAAUGUUUCCUCCAUCUCUUACAUUCCUACUCUCUGCAAUACUCCUUUUACUCCCUUCUUCUCUGUCUACCCAUGCAAAACACCAUACCCAAAACGUCAAAUCCAUGAACAUGAACAUGGACCCUUUGGAACUAGACACCCUCUUCCACAUCAUGGAGAGCAUGUCUUCUGAUAGGAAAUGGAGGCUCUCUAAUCCAAGCCCAUGUAACCCAGGCUCUUCAUGGCCUGGCAUUGAAUGCAAGCCAGGCAAUGACAAUCUCCUUCAUGUCUCAAGGUUGGAUUUUGGGACACCACCCAAUCCAUCCUGCAAAAAAACAGCCACAUUCCCAACCCAAAUCUUCAAUCUCCCGUACCUCCAAUCAAUCUUCUUUUUCAACUGCUUCAUACUCACCAAAACCUCCCUCUCCAUACCCCCACAAACCACCCACAGACCAAUCACCUCCCUCCAACAGCUCAGCCUCAGAUCAAACCAUGCUCUUGUUGGGCCCAUCCCACCACAAAUCUCCACCCUCAAAUCUCUGCAAAUCCUCACACUUUCGCAGAACCGUCUCCAUGGGGAGAUACCAGUGGAAAUCUCUAGCUUGACCUCUCUCAUACACCUUGAUUUGAGCUACAAUUUCCUCACAGGAAGCAUCCCAAACCAGAUAGGAAACCUCAGAAGCCUUGUAGGCCUUGAUUUGAGCUAUAAUUCUCUAAUAGGCCCCAUCCCUGCAGGAAUUGGGCAGUUGGUUCUUCUUCAGAAGCUUGAUUUAAGCUCAAAUUCACUGACAGGAGGCAUUCCAGACAGCUUAGAGAGCCUCAGUCUCUUGGUUUUCAUAGCUCUCAACAACAACAGACUAAUGGGGAAGUUCCCAAAGGGGCUGGGAAAGCUACAGAGCCUUCAGUACUUUAUCAUGGAUGAAAAUCCAAUGUUCACGCCAUUGCCUGCUGGUUUUGGAAGACUGGUGAAACUACAGGAGCUGAGGCUUGCGAAUUCAGGAUAUUCUGGAGUAAUUCCUUCAAGCUUUUCUCAGCUGUUGAAUCUCACCACCUUGUCUCUGCAGAACAACAGGCUCACAGGUGAAAUCCCUGUUGGGUUGAGAAACCUCUCUCACAUAUACCAUCUGAAUCUGAGCAGAAACCUUUUGGUUGGUGUUGUUCCUUUUGAUGUUGGGUUUUUGAAAAGAUUGGGGAUGAAUGUGGAUUUGAGUGGGAAUCCAGGACUGUGCUUGAAUGGGUCUGAAGGGUUCGAAGGCGCGAAGAUGGGCAUCAGCAGCAUCUGUGGGAACAGCAACAAGACAGGUUUUUUCGUUCAUCCAUUGAAGAGAUCUAGUGCUCGAUCUGGAGUCUGCAGUUUAGGCAAUUUGGUGGGGGUUUUGGGUGUUUGGGGACUCUACCAGAGACUGUACUAGAUGGGUUUUUCUUAAAUUUUCAUUUACUGUUUGUAAUUUCUUCUUUUCCGUUAUUCUUUUGGUGGAUUUAGUUUCGAAAAUGGUAGAAAUGGAGGAAGUUCUAUUCAGUUUCCCCAGCCCCUGAUAGUGGGGCUUUUGUGUACUUGAUGUUGGGGUUUUGUCUGGGCCUUUUUUCCUAUAUAUAGAUGUAUGUGUUCUAUCUAA